AAAGUUCUGCAUAAUCCUGUAUGGACUGAUAACUCACCCGAGUACUAACUCCCCAAAACCUGCUCUGACUUUACCACACUGAGCUGAGCAACAUCACUGGUGUGACUUCUCUUUGAAUAUUUAUCCUUUUCUCCAAAAGCUUAAGUUAAAUGAAUAAGAUAAAAUAUUUCUAAUAUGAAUAAUUUUAGGGAGAAAAAGAAGUAGGCAGUUUAGAAAACAGGGUAGAAAGAAGACAUGAUGCAUAAUGUUCAAGUCUAAUAGACAAGCACAGUUUAAUGUGUUUACAAAAAAGUGAGUGUUAUUUGUUUAUUUUAUAAAGAUUGGUCUCAUCAUCACAGGCUUAGUUAGAAACUGGACAUAAAUGUAAUUAAUAUCUGUAUUUUUGCUCAUGCUGAAUUGUAAACUUUGGGUUGUUCUGCUGUACUAUGAUUUGUUAUUUUCUCAUUUCACAGUGGAAUCCACUGGUUCCAACCCCCAGUCCAGGAGAACCCCAUGUCCUAAUAACCCACUGGAUCAGGCUAACGAUGAUGCAUGCUUCAUUUGUAAUGAAGAAGGAGUUCUGGUGCACUGUAAAGAAUGUCCACUAGCUUUUCACCGUCGCUGCCACUUACCAAUACCACAGGAUGAAACAUCUAGGGACAACUGGAAGUGCACAUUCUGUGUGUUAAAGGCUAACCAGCAAUUGCAGAUGCAAAUGAGAAGGAAAGAAAUUUUAAACAGUCCUGUUUCUGAAAACAAGCUGCACUGUGAGUAUUUGCUGUUGUGUAUGUACAAGGGAGACCAACUGCACGUGUUCACUGGAAACCUUACCAGAGCAGAUGCGGAAUGGGGCAGUGUGAUUUCAGAGCCCAUGUGGCUGGACAAAGUGAGGACCAAGCUGCUGGAUCAUGAGUACAGUACAGUCGGAGAGUUUGUGUGUGACAUCAAUCUCAUCUUUAAAAACUGCCAAGCUUUGAACAAAGGCAAUGAAUUUGGUGAAAUGGGAGACAAGUUGAACAAGACCUUUGAGAAGGAGUUCCAGAGCAUCUUUAAGCUUUAAUAACAUUUUUCCUCAAACUUUGGAAAGUUUAUAUUCAGUAACCAAAUUUUAAUGUUAAUAUUUGUAUUGAAUACAGAAUCAAAUUCAAGCUUCAUCGGUCAAGUAUAGAGCAAUACAUUGAAACCAGUCAGUAACAUAAUCAGGAUGAUGUACCCUAGAUACUGAAAGUGCUCUAAAGUGAAACCAUAAUACUCGCAUUUGCAAGGGAAAUUAUAGUAAGCAGAAAAUGUAAGCGCAGUAGAGCAUUCGACUAAGCUUAAUGUAAUGUAAGCGUAAAGUUGUGUGCUGAGAGGAAAGCCUCCAGCAGGUCGUUACACCCAGAGAACAGAAACUGUAGGGUAGCAUACUGUAUAGUCUGAAUAUACAAGAAAGGACUCAGGACUUCUUCUUAAUGCCACCAGGAAACAUUUUCACAUUUAUUCAUUUUUAUUCAUUUAGCAGAUGCUUUAAUUCAAAGCAACAUACAAUUGAGGAAAUACAAGCAAAGCUAUUAUAUCAAGCAGAGAAGAAUGCAGUGGUCUGUACAAAAUAGUAGUGCUACCAUACAAGAGUUCUAGAGGAGCAAAGUGCACAGAGUAGAGGUGUAACAGCCAGUAUAAGUGCAGAAUUUUUUUUUUUUUUUUAAAGGUUGGGGUUGACCAAGGUACAGGUUAGGGGUUAAAAACAACCCAAAUUCGGUUAUUUUUAACCCAACAACUGGGUAAAUAUAGGACAGAACACAUUUUGGGUUAAACUAAUCAAUCAAGGUAGGCUUUUCAUUUUGAUCCAGCAAAUGGGUUGUUUUUAAUUUUUACAAAAACGCUGGGUUAAUUUUAUUUCAUAAAUGGGUUCAUAUCUUCAGUGUUAUUUUAACCUUUUGAAAAUGUCAAAUAUAUCACAUUAUAAACAAAAUGUCAUCAUGGUAUCGCCUUUAUUUAUAUAGAAGAAGGUGUUCAGAAAUGUAUCGCUAGAGCUGCUAAAGACUUGUAUAAUGUCAGCUUGACGUUGGACGUUCGAAGUUCGCUGAUAUGCGGAAAUUAAAGCACCGUCUCUAAAGUUACAUACGACAUUGUUAUACAUGAUUCUAACUUCAAUAGCAUUUGAAGGGAUAAUAGCAUUUGAAGGGUUCAUCUAGGUGUCAGCUAUAAUGAACACCUUUUAAAUUUUUGUUAUUUAACCUUACUAUGUAUGAACCAAAAAACCUACACAAACGCAUUUUUUUUAAAACUGUACAUAGGGAACUGUGUACAGUUUGAUUUAUUUAUGUACGUAUGUAAAUGUAGAAUGUUUAUGUUUUAGAAGAUAUUCGGCUGUAUUCUGUAUAACUGUAUAACUUCCUGAUAAAGUAAUUAUUCCAUAUUCCAUCAGUAAUACUAACUCCUUUAUUUGCAACAUUAGGUCCAAGUCUCACAGUCUCCUCAUUCACAUUUCCUUUAAAGAGACACUUUACACCAGACAUUAUAGCAUCACAAUAUACAAUAUUGUCUAGGAAUUAUUGGGAUAUUAUACCUUUGAAGAAAUUCUACGUAGGUACAGAGGUGUCCAUUUUCAUUACAUGACUGUUUAACAAAUAUCAUUCAAAUACCAUUUUCAGCCAUUUUCUUUGAUUUCUAUAUGUGUACGUGUUUUUACGUGACCUGACGUUGCCAUAACAAUUGGUCACUCACAUCAAGUGUCAUGCAGGGGCGCAACUGAAAAUUUACUGAUGGGUAUGCAAGAUCAAUGUUGGUGAACUGGUGAUGAAAUUAAAUGACAUUUUAUGACUAAUUAAUGCAGAAAACCAAUUAAUUCCAAAUGGUUCACACACUUUUUCCUGCUACUGUAUAUUCUACCCCCUAACGCUAACCCCAAUAGAAAAUGUCCUACAUUUUUACAUUAAAAAUCCUUCAUUUAGUAUGUUGUUUUUAAAGCAUUUUGUCUUAUGAAGACAUGAAGGAGUUGCUAAAAACUUCCAAAAAUAUCAUUUUAAAAGUGUUUAAAACCACUGUAUAAGAUAUGGUUGAUCAGGGUUUUAAGAUAAUUUAAUGCUAAACAAAAGUUAAA